CCGAAGCCUUCUCCCGAAAUAAUAUAAGCCCCACCACCAUGAGAAGCUUCCGUGGGAAUUAAAGCGGAACGGGGCUCGAAGGACCAUUAUUUCACAAUCCAGGGCUAAGAUAGGGCGUGGAGAGGAACAGUCGGAGACGCAGCAACAGCGCCAAGCGCACGGGAAGUGCCGGGGACGCGCCCGCCCGCUCCGGCUGCCGCGCCCAUGACCUCUAGUUCCAUCUGGGGGCCCGGACGGAGAAGUAAUUGAGAAACCCACGACUGACUAGCAACCGAGGAUAAGUCUGUGAUCUCCUACGUGGUCCUUGCGCCCUCUCCUUCGUCCAGUCCACGCUCUAGAGCUGCGCUCUCAAGCCAGGGCGAAGAGAGCCAUGGAGGAGCCUAGGGCUCAGUGCGCUCCGCCGCCUGCGAGCUCCCUGACCGAGGUUCCGCAGGCCAACCUCUCUGCUGCUCGCUCUCACAACUGCAGUGCUGAAGGCUACAUUUACCAGGAUUCCAUCGCCCUGCCCUGGAAAGUGCUCCUGGUUAUUCUGCUGUCUCUGAUCACCUUAGCCACCACGCUCUCCAAUGCCUUCGUGAUCGCCACUGUGUACCGAACCCGGAAACUGCAUACCCCCGCCAACUACCUGAUCGCCUCCUUGGCGGUCACCGACCUGCUCGUAUCCAUCCUAGUGAUGCCCAUCAGUACCAUGUACACUGUUACCGGACGCUGGACGCUGGGCCAGGUGGUCUGCGACUUCUGGCUGUCGUCGGACAUCACCUGUUGCACUGCUUCCAUUCUGCACCUUUGUGUCAUCGCCCUGGACCGUUACUGGGCCAUAACAGACGCCGUGGAGUACUCAGCCAAAAGGACUCCCAAGAGAGCGGCGGUCAUGAUCGUGUUGGUCUGGGUCUUCUCCAUCUCCAUCUCCCUGCCGCCCUUCUUCUGGCGCCAGGCUAAAGCUGAGGAGGAGGUGUCGGACUGCGUGGUGAACACAGACCACAUCCUCUACACGGUCUACUCCACGGUGGGCGCUUUCUACUUCCCCACCCUGCUCCUCAUCGCCCUCUACGGCCGCAUCUAUGUGGAAGCCCGCUCUCGGAUUUUGAAACAGACGCCCAACAGAACAGGCAAGCGCCUGACUAGAGCCCAACUGAUAACCGACUCCCCUGGGUCCACAUCCUCCGUUACCUCCAUUAACUCGCGGGGUCCCGACGUGCCCAGCGAAUCCGGGUCUCCUGUGUACGUGAAUCAAGUCAAAGUGAGAGUCUCCGACGCCCUGCUGGAAAAGAAGAAACUCAUGGCCGCUAGGGAGCGCAAAGCCACCAAGACCCUGGGGAUCAUUUUGGGAGCAUUUAUUGUGUGUUGGCUGCCCUUCUUCAUCAUCUCCCUGGUGAUGCCUAUUUGCCGGGAUGCCUGCUGGUUCCACCUGGCCAUUUUUGACUUUUUCACGUGGCUGGGUUAUCUCAACUCUCUCAUCAACCCCAUCAUUUAUACCAUGUCCAAUGAGGACUUCAAACAAGCAUUUCAUAAACUGAUCCGCUUUAAGUGCACAAGUUGACUUGUCAUUUGCAGUGGGGU